AUGGACAAGAUCUAUGCAGACCCUAACAUGGAAAAUGAUAAUACGGAGCACAUCAGAGGGAAGCGACUGUCCUCUGUGAGUAACUUAAGGCAUUUCUCAAAAGAAAACCAUAUUUUAAAGGCUCCGCGAAAUCCUCUUGAUGAUCUGGGAAAUGGGAAUGAAUUGACACAGGAUAUCAAUAUAGAAAAACGUAGGAAAAACUCUCGUCGUGUCAGCUUUGCGAACACCAUAAACUGCAGAGUCUUCCAGCGAGAUCUUAAGAAUAACACGUCAGAGAGAGAAAGUACAGAGUGUGCAGCAGAUACGAGGAAUGAUGUCCUGCUUAAUCAAAAUGAAGAACCUGAAGCUGUUCCGUGUGAGAUCACUGGGAUGAACACUUUGCUUCAUGCCCCUAUCCAGGCAUCGGUGCAGCAGACUGAGUGGCAUGAUGUGGACAACGCCAUUCAAAGAACAAAUAGGCAUGACACCACCCUCAUCUUUUCAGAUGAAAAUGAAAUGGAUAUGACAGCUAGUCACACUGCAGUGAUUACACGUAACCUGAAAAACACUCAAACUGAUAAAACUGAGAAAAUAGAUAUCACAUCAUUUCUGGCUGGAUUAAACUCUAACAACGAAAAGGCAGAAAUGAGCAAAGAAUUUCAUUUUUUCUCUGACCCUACAAACCAUCCGUGCCCAUCUUUUGAGCAGAAGGAAGAUGUUGCUACGGUAAAAAAAAUAAAUUUCAAUGAAUUUCUGAUGAGCUUGAAGUCAAACGAAAAGGCACUCAAUCCUAUUGAGGGACCUGAAAAAGAGAAUGUUUUUUUUGUCCCUUCACAAGUCUCAGAAGACGUGGCACGCUCGUCGGUGGAAUUUGUAUAUUCCCAUGAACCACUGGACACCUGCAAUGUAACAGAAGUGUUUAGAGGGCAAGAUGAUGGAAUGGAAAUGACAAAAUGCCAGGCAUCUGAUGUUAAAGCUAUGUUUUCUGGUAUUUGUGAAGCUCCACCAGAGCAAUUACUGUGUGCGGAUGUUACUGAGGCAUUUGCAGAUGAUGGAAUGGAUAUGACAACUAGUCACACUGCAAAAAUGUCUUUUCCCUUCUCCAGUGUCGGGAAUCAAAGUCUAAACUUCAAAAAGGAUUUCCCAUCCACAGAGUUAGAUAAUUCUAUAUUAAAGAAAGCAUCUAAUCAGCACUUAAUUGUUGGGCAGGACCCUCAACUUUGUACAGGCGAGAAAAUAGUAAAUGUUGAAGACAGACGAGAUCCUGCAGUGCUGCGAACUGUUAAACAAGAGGCCAGAACAACGUCUGCCAUCCCAGGAUCCAUUUCUUCCGAGACUGUCUUCCGAGGUGAUAAAACUGUUGUUUUUUCUAAAUGUGAUGACAUGGAAAUUACUGGGAAUUACACAGAUGUAUUCUAUAAUGACAGUACUAAAGAAAUGAUCAGUUCACAUCAUAAAACUUUAGAAAAGCCAGUUAAUACAAACUCUUCACUAGCAGAAAACAGACGCCCAGCACAUGGUGAUAGGGACAUUGCAAAGAGUCUAACACCUUUAGAUAAUGGAGCUUCUGUGCCAUAUAAAAAUAGUGCGCCUGAACUACCUUUGGGCUCAGAUGAACGAAUUGAAAAAGUGACCCAAGAUCACGGGACUGCUUCAGUGGAUGUUGGUUUUGAUUCAUGUACAAAUUCAGUGUCUACUGGUGUUUCUAAGAGUAGACUUCAGCACAGACUAGCAAACUCUCAACUUGUUUCUCUGCCAGGUGAGAAGACGGUAAUAUUCUCAGGGGAAGAUAUGGACUUGACUAAAACCUGUGUUGUCGAGGAUGAUGGAAAGAAUGUUGAAAAUGAAUCUCCUGCUGGAGCGUCCACCUCUGUCACCUGCAAACCUCACUUUCUUGAUAACAGAUCUACAUCUCCCAACUUAAAUGAACAGGAAGAAAUGGAAAUAACUAAAUGCCAUGCUGUUGUCAUUGAUGAUCAAAGCAAUGGGAUAACUGCAGAAGCAAAACAAAUGCAUUGCAAAAUAAUUCCAAGAAAGAACCAGAACAGAAAUGUCAGUGAAGGUGCAAAUGUUUUAGAUAUGGACAAGGAAAAUCUUGAGGUGAUCAGUAUCGAUGGGAAUAUUAAAAGAAGCCAGGCUAUAGAAAUGAAUACUAAAGAUCUUGAGAUGAUAAUGGUCAGUAAGAAGCUUGGAAAAACAAACUUUCAGGCAAGUGGUCCAAGUUCCUGUGCAAAGAGCGCGUGUUCAUUACAAGAGCAAGAGAGAGAAGUCCCUGAGAAUAUCGUCACCAACACCUGUGCAUUCGUGUCUUUGCAAAGUCAAAAAGUUGUUUUUUCUAAAUGUGAUGACAUGGAAAUUACUGGGAAUUACACAGAUGUAUUCUAUAAUGACAGUACUAAAGAAAUGAACAGUUCACGUCAUAAAACUUUAGAAAAGCCAGUUAAUACAAACUCUUCACUAGCAGAAAACAGACGCCCAGCACAUGGUGAUAGGGACAUUGCAAAGAGUCUAACACCUUUAGAUAAUCGAGCUUCUCAACCUUUGGGAAAAAACCUUCUAAACGCUUCAGUUUCCUGCACAAAUGACAAAAUGGGCAGGUUUUCAGAUGAUGAAAACAUGGACAUAACCAAACCCCAUCCUGCUGCCUUUGAUGUUGCUCCUAUUAAUACAGGACAAGAAUACGAGAAUAAUCAUAAUCAAAAUAAUGUACGAUCCAAAAUUCUGCAAAACCAGACCUUCCAGUUUUCUGGUAGUUCUGGUGUAGAUAUCACAAGUCAGACUGCAGCAAUGGAAUGUGGGGAUUUGAAAAUGAACACAAAUAAACAAACUGUUACUCGUUUGCCUCCAAACGGUUCAUUUAUUUCCAGUAAUGAGCCUGUUCCCUCUGGAGUGAAAGGAAAUGAACAACUUGAAACAAUACUAGGAAUAAAAGCAGAUUGCCAAAACUCAGACAGGCAAGAGAAACCCCAUACUAUGAAGGCAAUACACAAAGUAUUGUCAACUCAUGUAGAUUCUGAGAGAGAUUUUUCAAUUGGUAAAACAGUUUCUACAGAAGAAUAUUUUAAAAAUCCUCACUCAGUUGAUGGCCUGCACUUGAGGGGUGCUGAAGAGCCGUUGCUAGCCAAUACGUCUGAACCACAUAAGGGAAGUUCCCAAUUGCCUUCGUUUUUAGAAAAGUCAGUUGUGUUUCCCUCUGGUGAAAACAUGGACUUGACUGGAAACUGUGCAGUAAUGGUUCCUGAUCACAACACCAAUCCUGUUUUAUCAGAAAGAAAAAUGGUACCUGGACACAUUGUUCAAGGUGAAAAUAAAAUAAUGUCCUUAAAAAAAGGGGUCAUGAUGACAAGAAAUGGUCCGGAGCAGCCUGCGUGCAAUGUGUACUCCUUGGCAUCUGGCAAGAAAAUGUUAACCAUGACUGGUUUAAAACAUUUGCCUUUUGCAGGUGAGAAAACGACUAUAUUUUCAGAAGAUGCUGAUAUGGACAUCACCAGAAGUCAUACAGUUUCAGCAGACAAAAUAAUUUUGCAGUGUAAAAGUUCAAAUGAUGACAUAUCCUUAAUUUCUGGAGAUAAAACUUGUGUUUUUACCUACAAUGAUGACAUGGAAAUAAGUAGAUUCGAUACUAUUGCAGUUGACAAAUCUAUGGAAAAGGCUGCAUCUCAAGGCAUGCUUGACAUGGCUAAAAGGACUGGAAGGAAAAGCUUGAAGGGAACAACAGGGGAAAAGACUGUUUUAUUUUCACUGAACAAUGAGAAUAAUGACAUGGAGAUCACAGAGAGCCAUACGGCUGCAAUAGGCCAUGAAAUGGUCUUGCAAAAUGAGGUAGGGCUUCAUUCUGUCUCUUCAGCUCAUCCUGUUAAAACUGUUACGUUCACAAGUAGCCAGGCUGACGUGGACACUACCAAGUCUUGCUCUGCUGAUGAAAUUACCGUAAAAGUUGUAUGUGAUGAUAAACUGAACUUGGAUAAGGAGGUUGGACAGCAAGCACUUUCAAAUAACGAAGCUACUGUGUUUGCUAUGGAUGAUAUGGAAAUCACUAAAACCCAUAAUGUAGCUUUGGAAGAAAAUUCUCUGCAAGGUAGGCAACCCGAUCAGUCUGUUCCUUUAACUUCCACAAUUAUAUUUACGGGUUACCAGGCUGACAUGGAGAUGACCGAAUCUCACUCUGUUGAUGAAAGUAUUGAAAGAGUCUUAUGUGAGGAUAGAUUAAACCUGGCUAAGCAGUUCCUGCAGUUUACCCACAACGAAGAUGAUAUGGAAAUAACUGCAUCUCAUACUAUUGCUGUUAAUAACAAUCUUAAUGGAUUUGAGAACCAAGAAGUGUCACAUAAAAGCACUCAGCAACCAGACUCGCGCAGUGCGUUGUUGUCUUCUUGCAGAGAUGAAAUAGAUUCCCUGCAUACAAAAGACCUGAAUGGUGAAUAUCAUACAAAAUCUAAGGAUAAGCCCAGCAUUCCCUCUUCUGCUUCAUCAGCCUCGGCGUUUCCUAGUGAGAAAGGAGCUAUCAAAGUCCACAGUGGCACACCACCAGAUUCCGUUUAUUCUGUCUCACUUCCAGAAGAGACUAUGGAUGUGCGGGCACCACAGGAUCUUGACCUCCCCACGGAUAAUUCUGCCCCUGUAAACGGUCAGCAGGAUCUCAUACAGCCAGAAAAAAUGAAAUCAAAGGGAGUAUCUUUCAAGCUUCCAAGUAAUGGGCCCAUGGAUUGCAGUGAAGAAAGUAGCGAUUUGGUAUCCCGUGUUUCACUUCCCAUCCAGCAACCAGAUUCUUCAACGGGCUCUCCAGAUGCACGUAGUCCUCAGAGAAACCAAGUAUUGAAAGGUGAUUCAUCUAGACGUGAAGAUUUAGCUACAGAUUUAGGCUUGGCUGAAGCAAGCCUUGUUCCAGUUUCUAACAAGGAAUCAAAGGAAAAUGAGGGGCCGUCAGCUGAAGGGGAGGGACCUCCAAAAGACUUUCACAUAAACUCUGAACAAACUAAGCAACUUUUGGUCAGUGACGGUCCAAGAGAUCAAAUAGAUCCCAUUCUUGCACCUGAACUAUCAGGUAUUUUAAAUGUUUGUUCAAAACUGAAAAAUAUUAGAAGGAAAUCUGCAGUUCUCUCUGUUUCUGAAACUGCUUUUUCUGACCAGUUGCCCAAAUCAUCAACUCAGCCAGAGGAUACCUUGAGGUUAGGAAAAAAUACUGUAAAUGAACCAAAUAGUUUAUUUUAUACCAAAGAGCAGGAGAACACAUGUCUUCAAUCUGGAGCUGCUCCCAUAGAUGCAAAUUUAGGCAUGGCACUUAAGGAUAAAUAUCAAGGAAUAAAUGUCCCUCUAGGUAUCUUCCAGCCUAAAUUACCGAACAGAAGAAAUCCUUCUGUUUCUAGCAUACAAGACAUAAAGGCAAAAUCUUCAGACAAAGGAGAAGCACCAGUUUCAGAAGUAAGUGUAAACGCUGGUGAAACCCCAGAUAACAAGAAGUCUAGUAGGCAGAACUUCAGCCCUUCUCAGUUUAUAGCAGAAGAAUUUCUUCCCGUCUGCCUGGAAGAAAUGGAUUCAAAUGAAUCUGUAAGCUCUGAACUUGUGGAAAAUGUUUGCAAUGAGAUAAGCAAAAAACAAAUCUCCCACAAUGAAAAGGAUCAAUUUGAAGAGACAAAAACUUGCAACAACACAAAAAGAGCUUUGGAACAACACGAGGAGGAUCUUCAAAGUCCAAAGAAGCUCAAGAGGGAUGAAAACUUGAAUGGUGAGGCCUCCCAAGACUUGCAGGUUACUUUUGGCGCUGUGUCUCAAAGCCAAGUAGUUCAUGAAGGUGAAGAUCCUCCGAAUCUAUCAGCUAAAAGCCCUGACUGUACUCAUGCCAGCACCAGCAGCUCUCUGGAUUCUGUUAAGGCUGACACAGAGUUAACAAGUAAGACUUCCCGAAGCAGUCAGAUGGAGUCCCAGCUUCUCACAGAUAGCAUUUGUGAAGAUAAUUUACGGGAGAAAUUUCAGAAUGGUGUUAUCACAGUUGGGGAGUUUUUUACACUUCUUCAAGUCCAUGUUCCGAUUCAGAAGCCCCGGCGUAGCCAUCUUCCAGCCAGUUGUGCAGCCAGUGCACCACCUACUCCGGAAGACCUUAUUUACAGCCAAUAUGUUUAUCGCCCCAAGCUACGUAUUUAUGAAGAAGAUUGCCAGGCCCUUUCUCAGAUGAUAGAUGAGUUAAAACUGUAUGCAAACGUCCAGGAUCAACUCCUGGUGAAUGUGAAUAAGAGUUUGUGGGAAGUAAUGAGAACCUGCUCUGAUGAAGAGCUGAAGAGCUUCGGAGCAGAAUUGAACAAAAUGAAAUCCUAUUUCACCAAGGAGAGUAAAAUCUUGGCUCACAAUGAGAAAGUGACAUUGUACAGCAAACUGCUGCAGAGCGCGCAGGAACAACAUGGAAAGCUACAGUCAAGAAUAGAAAAGGUGGAUGAAUUACUCAAGGAGGCGGAGAGCUGUCUUGUUGCUCUGGAAGCAGAUUCUGACUGGGAAGAAUGGGAAGCAGACUGCAGUGAUGAAAUGGCAGAAGGGAAAACCCUAGGGGAAGAAUUGGAAAGCCUCAGAGCCCAAGAAGAGGAACUUCAAAGAGAACUGUCAGAUCUGGAGACUGAGAAUGAGCAAAUGCUUGCUCAGAUGAACCAGCUAAAGGAAAACGAAAAAAGCUGCCAGGAACUCCUGGAGAGAUACGACUUCACUGAGUGGGAGAUUACUGAAUGGAGUGAACAGCGGGCAGUCUUUAAUUUUCUUUAUGAUUCUAUUGAACUCACAGUUGUGUUUGGACCCCCAAUAGAUGGUGAUGUUUUCGGUGAAGAUCCUUCCAGAAAGAUAGUUAGCCUGAACUUUGAAUCUCUCUUGGAUGAGGAAAAAGCUCCACCCUCCUCAUGUUUAGUCCAAAGACUCAUCUUCCAGUUUAUUGAAAGUCAGGGAUGCUGGCAGGAAAAGUGUCCCACACUGUACUACUUGCCCCAGGUUCUUCAUGACAUCUCUUUGGUGGUGAGUCGCUGCAAGAUCUUAGGAGAGGAGAUUGAAUUUCUGGAGAGAUGGGGUGGAAAAUUUAAUCUUCUGAAGACAGAUAUCAAUGACACAAAAGUGAAGCUUUUGUUCUCCGCUUCCACAGCUUUUGCAAAGUUUGAGUUGACCCUGUCUCUAUCUGCCAACUACCCAUCUGCUUCACUGCCUUUUACUGUCCAAAACCAAAUUGGGAACAUUGGGGAGGAGGAAAUUUCUGCUGUUCUGUCCAACGUACCGAUUGGUUACCACUAUCUGCGGAGAAUAGUCAGCUUGAUUCAUCAAAAUUUGCUCCAGGAUCCCAGAUGA